UUAUACGCGCUUUCGUGUGGAUAUUUUAUUUUACGUGCGAAUCGAAUGUGUGUAUUUUAUUUAUUUAAAAUAUUAAUUUUGUGUGCGAAUCGGGCGUUUAAACGAAUCGAUUGUUACGAUUUGAAUUGGUGGAUUAUCGCGAAGCUGACCGAGACAAGUGGGGACGACCAUCCUAUGCAAUAAGUCGCGGUUUUUGGAUGCGAAAAUUUCUGGAAUAUCAUUUUGAACAUGGCCACGUGCAAGUGAAACGAGUGAGACGACGCGAGCGCAGACGGCGGAACGUAGACCAAGCAAAUGUCAUUCACAAAAUGCCCGAACUUGGCCAUAUAGGCGACGUUCCUUAUGAAAGUUCCGUGGGGUGGUCAAAAAGCCAUUAUCCAUCAACAACUAGCCCUUGGCUUUCGAACAUCAGACAUUCCCGAUAUAGUGAUGAUGGCAUUAUGGACCAGGACAUGAUCGACGGAGAUGGAGCUAUUAAUCUCUCCACGUCCCAACGGCCUUCCGCUGCAACUACACCCAACGACGGUUUACUUCCAGAUGAUGUCGAACAGCAGGCCGCAUCCCUAGAAAAAGUGCUAAAGGAACAGCAGCAACACCAACAGCUAGAACUAGAGCGAAGUAGUUGGGACCAAGAUCGAAACGAUAGGGAUCUCAAGGGCAAUGGCAGCGUCAGCCCUCAGAGUUCCGAAUCGCGAGUGCAUGAAGACUCUCCUCUACCGCCCCCCGACGCGCAGAAAAACUUGAGCGCGACUAUUCCUCCCAUAUCACAGAAUGAUUCAAAAUUAUCCAACGAUUUCCCCCCCUAUAACCCGCCCCAGACACAAAUGAUGCCGUCGCCGGCAUCGAAUCUUCACCACAUGCAGCAACUACUUCAGCAGCACGUGCUGAGCCCCUCACAAUUACAAACCCUGAUGAAGCAACAUUCGAUCCUUCAGCAGCAGCAACAUCAGCACCAUCAGUUAGCGGAAUUGGGCAAGAAACAAAUCGAGCAAACUAUGCAACAACUUCAAGAACAACUCCAACUGAAUCUCAUACAGCAGACACAUAUCUUACAAAGUUCCGAUAAGAAGAAAGCUUCCGGUUCGUUGCAGCAACUCGUGCUGCAACAGCAGCAACUUAUUCAACAGAUUCAGCUCAUUCAAAGACAAUACGUAGUGCAUCAAGGUAUGGGUAUGCAGCCAUUGAUGAUUGCACAAGGGCAAGGACUAAAUUCGAGAGAAGUGCUGAGUCCAUGGAAAGAACUAAACGAUCAACAUGGUAUCAACAACAAACCACCUUCGGAAAUUAAUGAAGGUUCUCCGGGUCUACUGACAAUGCCGCUUUGUCGUAGCGGUAGGGAUGAUCCGUUGCCAGAAGAGAAACCGCUCAGAACAACGACCCCAGACAGGGUGCAUCACCACCUCUACGGUCAUGGUGUGUGCAAAUGGCCCGGUUGUGAAGCCAUAUGCGAAGACAUCCAAGCAUUUAUCAAGCAUUUAAACACAGAACACAUCCUAGAUGAUAGAUCAACCGCUCAAGCGCGUGUCCAAAUGCAAGUAGUGUCGCAAUUAGAACUCCAGUUACAAAAAGAAAGAGAUAGAUUGCAAGCCAUGAUGCACCAUCUCCAUUUAUCAAAACAAAUGGGGUCCCCAGACCCCCAUAAAGACCCAACCGGUGCAUCGGCUGGUAAAAUAAUCCCCGUUAGUUCCUCCGUUCCUCAGCCCCCCGUUUCGAUGGGUCCCAUGGUUUCCGCCAGAUCACCGGUCCUUCAUUCUCCAGCAACCAAUGCGGCUGGACCAAUCAGGAGGCGUCUUAGCGACAAAUCGGCACUGUCAUUAGCUGGAGGCUUACCGUAUAUGCUAGAAAGAGCUGGACUUGAUGUUCAACAAGAAAUCCAAAGAAAUAGAGAAUUUUAUAAAAACGCGGACGUCAGGCCACCAUUCACCUACGCGUCGUUAAUACGUCAGUCCAUCAUUGAAUCGCCAGACAAGCAACUUACGCUAAACGAAAUAUACAAUUGGUUCCAAAAUACGUUCUGUUAUUUCAGGAGGAACGCAGCCACUUGGAAGAAUGCGAUUCGCACCAAUCUGUCACUCCACAAGUGUUUUGUGCGCUACGAAGACGACUUCGGGUCAUUCUGGAUGGUGGAUGAUGCCGAAUUCGUGAAGCGUCGCCACCUGUCCCGUGGCAGGCCACGGAAAUAUGACCCAACCCCAUCACCCACUCCACCCCACUGCGCACAGGGUGCUUCAUCCAAAAGCCCUACAAUGAAUCACAGUCCCACCCUGUAUGGAGACCACUUGUCAGCCAAUCAGUUUAUACAGGCCUCCCUUAUGGACGAAAAUAACUUGUCGUUUUUGACUAAUCCGUCUAUGAUGCCUGGACGGCCAAGAGAUCGAUCUGAAUCACCUCCCCACGAUCCUCAUAUCAGGUCUCCGAUGAACGGAGGACUACACAUAAAGCAAGAACUGGUAAAUCAAGAGCACCACUUAGUUAGAGAGCCAGAUCAAAUGCAUCACAUGAUUAAGAGGGAAAUGCAUUCGGAAUACGAAGACAUGGAGCAAGAGCAGCAUUCAGAAAACAUGGCGGAAGAUCUAACCAUAUCUUCCGAUCACACCGAGACGAACAUUUUAGACGCAUAGUGAUUAUGUGAGUAAAUUAGUGAGUGUGAUAAAGACGACUUAAACAAGAUCUCGAAUUCAUAAAAACUACCAUGCGCAAACGCCGGAUCGAUUAGAAUAAGUAGUUGAUUUUUCCGAUUGUCGACUGUGUCGCCACUACCAUCAAGAAGCGAGACGACGAUACUUAAUUUUUGUACAUUUAUGUGUAAAUACAAGACAGUACUGUUAUUUGUUUAGGAACGAAGUCAAAUAUUGAUUAGUCAGUAUGAUUUCUUUAUAUACAGGGUUAUUUGUUAUAAUAUUAUGGUGGACUCUAUUUUUGGCCAAGCCAGGGACAUUUUAAUGAAAUACUGUUAUCGCACCGUAAGAUGUUUCUUUUAGCAUAUCAGUUUUUGCUAUGUGCGCGCUAUGAGAUAGGAUGACGGCCGAGAAAGUGCGAAACGUCUAUGCCAAAUAAUAACUGUUCGUGUUUAAAAAAAAAAUCGUUGCGCUCAUAUAGUGAUGUAAAAUAAGCAAUACUGUAAAUUAUUAUCGUUAAGCAUCCGUGCUAAUAUAUUUAUCUCUACGAGGGAAAAAAAAUUAUUCCAUAUCAUUAUCUAAAAUAAAAGCAUAUAUCAGUGUAAAAAAUGUAGUUAAAAAACAUUUUCGUAAUUAAAAAAAACUUUCACUUAGGACAUUUCGAAGUAUAGACUAAAAGUUCAAUUUAAUCAGCAAUCGCAGUAUUUGUAUCCUUUCUUUCUCAAUAUACAGGGGUGUAAAUUUAACACGAUCUCCUUGAUAUUUAAUACAGUUCUAUCAAAAAAUUUAAACAUACCUAUAGUUUUUAGAUCAGGUACACUCACUGGGUGUUUAAUAUAAAACAAAGUAAAAAUAAAUAACCUAAAAUCCAAAAUAAUGGUAUCCAAGCACUUACAGUUGUUCUAACUUAAUAACACGCUGUACAUCUUAUCCAAAUCUCUUUUUUGUCCAGCGAAUUCUUCAUAUUUUUCGAACAAAUAUUAUUUGUUACGCGAUAAAAUUACACCCUGUAUAUUAAUCGAGAUGUAAAAUUGCCAAAUAAAUGUACGGACGGGGAGUGUUGAAAAAGUAUAAAACGAUUCAGUUUGAGUUUCCGGGUUAUUGAUUUGCGUCACAAUUUAUGUUAAGUACAAAUAGCGUUAAGAUGUACUUUUUACACUCGUCGUGUAUAUAUGUGAUAGACUCUUUAGUUCUUUGCUUAUAGAAAAAACACUUUUAAAAAGUAUUUUAUAGAUUUUUAAAAUUUAUGAAUAUGUUUUGCCGAAACGGGUUGAAAAUUUCAAAAAUUCUGCGUAGGACCAUUAACUAGCAUAGGUUGCAAAAAGAUUGCCUACAUAUCAUUGUAGAAAAGAAACUACUGAAACGCCGAUUGAUAAUACGUUUAUUUUAGGGGUGUGUUUUUCAACCCGUUUUUAAUCUCGAUAUAUUCCCCUUAGUACGAGAUAUUUUGAAAAAGGUGUGAGAAUAGAUGGAUUUUUUUUUUACUAUUUAAGUUAUUUAUUGUUAAAACGAUGUGAGAUAUACGUACUGUAUGUAUAUUUAUAUGCUUAAUUAACGAUUUGAGAUAACAUUUUUUAAUCGGAAGUUUCUACCAAAUUCCUUUGAACGCAGUUGGUCUCAGUCGGUGAAAAGAAAGUUUGAACAGUAUAUACUGAUUGGUUCCCUUUUAAUGUUAUAUUUUUUAGUUAUACCUGGGGACAUUUUUCUUAUAUGAUUAGCAAUUUUAACAUUGUUGUACCGCUCCUUCUCAGAUUUUUCUAUAAACAAAAAGGGAUACUACUUCAGAAUAAGCUUUUAUAUUUAGAAUUGAUCACGCAUACAAAUUUUUCUUGCCAAACUCCUUCAAAGUUAUAUGUUUCGAUAACACCUCAACUCGUGAUCAGCUCUGAAGCAGUUAUUAUUGUUUUAUCCGUCCUUGUAUUCCUUUUGUUGAAACGCAUUUCUCUCAGCGAAAUUAUGUUCAUCAGUUAACUUUUGAUAUAUUUGUUUGUAAAUACAAUAUAGAAUUUUUUAUAUCUUUUGAAACAAAUUAUGCCUACUUUUAUGACAUGGUAUUCCCAAAAAGUUGUAACUUAUUACCGAUUAUUGAUGUAAAAGUAAA